CCCACUCCUUUAAUUACCAUACCCCUGUCGCGCAUUGUCUGCACGAUUUAUACCAUCUAUUUGAAUGCCUUCAAAUUUCUGAAUUUCUUUUGCAGCGAUUUUUAUUUCGGUUUUGGUGAAGAAAUGUCUCAACCUGAGUUGCUGACAAUCGAUUUCUUGGGAAUUGGAAGUGAUAAGAAUGAUAGCCCCCAAUUGGAUUCCGCCAUGGAUUGUCACCAGCAGCGGCGAUCAAUGCAGUCAUGCCUGCGAAAAAUAAAACCUCACAUGCUGCAACAAGUUCUUUCGCAAGAAUGUUUCAGCAAUUCAGGGUUUUCUCCCGCGGAGAUUCACGAUAAGGUUUCUGAGGGAAUUAAGACCUUGGAUUUGUUUCCGCAACACAGUCUAGGGUUUCAAUUCAACGGCAAACAGGACAAAUAUCAAUUGCCUUUGCUGGAUACACAAAUUGAAUUUCCUAAAGGUGCGGCUGCUAUGGAUUUCAGGCCUCCUACCGAACAAUCAUCUUCUCAGCUGACGAUUUUCUCCAGCGGGACAGUCAAUGUCUACAGCGAUAUUUCUUCUGGAAAAGCAGGGGCUAUAAUGAUGCUAGCCGCCGCUGGUAGUGGAAAGGCUUCGCCUUCUGAUCAGAGCGUAUCCUCCACUUUUGUUUCAAAGAUUUCAAAUUCUCUGCCUGUCCUGAGAAUUUUAAGAAAAGAACUUCCAAUGGCGAAGAAGUUAUCACUUCAACGUUUUCUGGAGAAACGGAAGGACAGGCUUAACAGAUUACUUCCUUACUUGAGCUCGUCAAAGAAUUCUUCACUAGUUUGUUAGGAACUUUCUGGGAACGGCAGAAUAUGUUGGUGGCAAAUGUUGGAUCAUGAUUUUCACGAGUUUGACUAAAUCUCAUUUAUUGGAACUGUGUGGGUCCUUAGGCUUGUCGGUAUUUUGAAAUCCAAGAGAAAAAUGGGUUUCCAAAUUUCCACAUUAAGGCAUUAGGUUUUCAUAGUUGAA